AUGGCCGAUAUGCCUUCCUCUCCUCCUUCCUCUGGUGCGUUUGUUCGAAAGGGGUGUUCUACUUUACACCGCCAGUUUAUCAAUGAUCCGCAGAGGCUUAGGCUACUUCCGGGCGGAGUUUCGUCCAGAGCAAGUCCCGGCGAGUUGACACCGUAACUUAUCCUUCUCUUCUUCAUGGUGUUGUUAUACAGGCCUGUCAAAAGAUGGUCCCUCAGUGACUUUGACAUAGGGAAGAACCUAGGAAAAGGGAGAUUUGGUUCGGUAUACCUUGCAAGGGAGAAACAAAGUCGUUUCGUCUUCUCCUUGAAAGUUUGCCUAAUAAUCUUUUGACUUUCGUAGAUAAUGUUCAAACUUCACUUUUCGACACCGGAGACUAUGCAGCAACUACAGCGGGAAAUUGAAAUACAGUCUCAUCUCAAGUAA